GCGGCCUCCACUCUCGGCAUGCAGAACGCUUUCAAGAAAACCUUGAUUCCACCCCUUGUUGUGAUUCUUGGAGCAACGGGCACUGGAAAAUCAAAACUAGCAAUUGAAAUCGGUAAACGGCUGCAUGGCGAGAUAAUAAGUGCCGAUUCUAUGCAGGUCUAUAAAGGGCUGGACAUUAUAACCAAUAAAGUUACUGCUGAGGAGCAUGCUCAGUGUCCCCAUCACAUGAUCAGCUUCUUGGACCCACUGGUUAACAGCUAUACUGUGGUGGACUUCAGAAACCAUGCUCUCAAACUCGUAGAAGACCUGCACCAGCGUCAGAAGCUGCCCAUAGUCGUGGGAGGAACCAACUACUACAUCGAGUCCCUUCUGUGGAAGGUGCUGGUGGACACUAAAGGCAGUGAAGAUCAAGGACAGAGUUUGAGCUGUCCGGAUCCAAAGAUGACCUUACAGAAACUGGGGGCUUCUGAGUUGCAUCGACGGCUGAAUGAGGUGGACCCUGAUAUGGCAGCCAUUUUGCAUCCUCAUGAUACCCGCAAAGUUGCAAGGAGCUUGCAAGUGUUUGAGGAAACAGGUGUGGCUCACAGCAGACUUCUGAAGCAGCAAAGAGAACAAGAGGGGGGUGACAACCUGGGGGGCCCUCUAAGAUUCCCAGAGCCCUGUAUCUUCUGGCUGCACGCUGAUAUGCAGACUCUGGAUGAACGCUUGGAUCAACGGGUAGAGGAGAUGCUCUCACAAGGCCUCAUCACUGAGCUGCAGCAAUUCCACAUACGCUUUAAUCAACAGAUGGUCCAGGAGAACUGUCAGGACUACCAGCAUGGUAUCUUCCAGUCCAUUGGUUUUAAGGAGUUCCAUGAAUAUCUCACAGCAGACAAGGAGACCAGCCAGGAGGAGCUCAAUAGCCUGAAGAAGAAAGGUGUUGAGACUUUGAAGAUGGCGACUCGACGUUAUGCUCGGAAACAGAACAAAUGGGUUCGAAACCGCUUCCUCCAGAGGUCAGGUUCUAAUGUACCUCCAGUUUAUGGCCUCGAUGUGACUGAUGUGUCUCAAUGGGAGGAGACGGUCCUUAACCCUGCUCUGCGUAUCCUAGAGCACCUUCAGAAGGGAGAGAAGCCUUCGAUUGAACCACUGAGGCUGAAAGGGGCAGGACAGAAGAAUAAGAGGAGUCACCACACAUGUGAGCUGUGUGAAAAGAUCAUCAUUGGAGACCUGGAGUGGAGUGCGCAUCUGAAGUCUAAAAACCACCGGUAUCAUGUCAAGAAGAAACUGAGAUCAGAAGCAUCCACAGAUCAGCAGGUUCACCAGCAUGCUCACCAGUCAUCAGCAAAGGUUUCUGCUAAAGCAAGGCCAAACCCAGGCCCUGAAGGAGCCCCGGCAGAGGAAGAGACCCCAUAGCACUCAAGUGGAAACGAGCAGCUACAAUGUGGACACCACAGAUGAUAAUGAUCAUCUACAUUGGCCGCGUUUCCCAGAUUCGUUAAGAAGCUCUUAAGUGCUAAGAACUUCUCAGGAGCGUUCUUGGAAUGUUCUUAGAGCGCUCCUAAGACGUUCUUAGUACUUAAGAGCUUCUUAACGAAUCUGGGGAAACCCAGCCAUUGUCUGUGUGGCUGUGGUGUGUGCAGAGUGUUGCCAUGUACAUUUGUGUCAUGACAGUUUUGAGACAAGAGAUUUUGCUUGAAGAAUAGAACUGUUAUUAUCUCUGCGUUAUGGCAGAUGUUACCUUGUUGAUUGGGUGACCCAUGUGUGGACAAAAACAUCUUCUUGAGCAUUGCAUGUACGUGCCAUGUAUCUGUAAUUGUAUUUUUUCCUAUUAAACAGUUUUCUAAGUUUUC